GUUGCUCAUUUCCGUCCGCUCGUGCCGGAAGCGCCGGCUCCAUGUGGUGGGGGCUGCGCGCUGUGCUGCAGUGGCUGGGCCGGCUGGGGGGAGCUGGAGCUGGAUCGGCUCGUCCCGGCGCCAUGGAGCCGUUGGAUCGCGCCGUGGUGCGCUGUGUGCCGGCAGAGCCCAAGCUCAGCCUGAGGCUCGUGCUCCCCGACGGCAGCGCGCGGCACAUGCAGCGGGAUCAGACGGAGCCGCUGGGCCGGGCGCUGUCCCGCAUCGCCACGAACGCCGCGAAGGGCCGCGUUAAGGCGGGUAAGAAGAGCAAGAAGCAGCGGGCGGAGGACGGUGAAUCGGAGCUGCCGGAGCUGCCCGAGGUGCGGCUGUUCAACCGGGACGGGCUGCCGGUGUCCGAGGAGGUGCCCAACGCUUCGGCCUGGCAGGACGGCGCCGUGCUGCAGGUCGGGGCCGCUCGGUACCGCGUGGAGCGCAACCCCCCUGCUCUCACCGAGCUGCGGCUGCCGCGCUCGCUGCUGGCCGGCUUCCCCGUGUGCCCCAAGGUCAGCGCCGAGUUCGCCGCCCCGCAGCACUGUCUGUUCCGAUGGUACCGAGAGCGGAGGCCCGAGAGCGGCGGGGAGGGACCGGCCUGGGAAGAGGAGCGGGAGCCGGAGGGCGGAGAGCGGGUCUUCACGCCGCCCAACGCGCUGGUGGGGCUGCGGCUCAAGCUGCGCUGCACGCCCGGGGACGGCGCCAUGCGAUUCGGGCCGCCCGUCGAGGUGGAAAGUAGCGGCCCCGUGGAGGCCGGGCCCGGGGUCUGCACCUUCGAUGCGAGGCACCUGUACACGGGGAAGGUGAGCGAGCGCGGCUCCGUGCGUGUCAUCUCAUACAACAUCCUGGCCGACACCUACGCCCAGACCGAGUUCUCCCGCACCGUGCUGUUCCCGUACUGCGCCCCGUACGCGCUGGAGGUCGACUACAGGCAGAACCUGCUGAAGAAGGAGCUGGCCGGCUACAACGCCGACCUCAUCUGCCUGCAGGAGGUGGACAAAUCCGUCUUCACAGACAGCUUGGCCCCGGCUCUGGAUGCGUUCGGGCUCGAGGGGCUCUUUAAGAUCAAGGAGAAGCAGCACGAGGGCCUGGCCACCUUCUACCGCAGGGACAAGUUCAGCCUCCUGAGCCAGCACGACAUUGCGUUCAGUGAGGCGCUGCUGUCAGAGCCGCUGCACGCCGAGCUGCGUGACAAGCUGGACCAGUACCCAGUGGUGAGGGACAAGGUGCUGCAGAGAUCGUCUGUGCUGCAGGUUUCAGUUCUGCAGUCCGAAACUGAUCCUCCCAGGCAGCUUUGUGUAGCUAACACCCAUCUCUACUGGCAUCCAAAAGGUGGGAACAUCCGUCUCAUCCAAAUUGCUGUAGCUUUGGCUCACAUCAAGCAUGUGGCAUGUGACUUGUAUCCUAAUAUACCAGUCAUAUUCUGUGGAGACUUUAAUAGUACACCAUCAUCUGGGACUUACGGCUUUAUUAACACCGGUAGCAUUGCUGAAGAUCACGAAGACUGGGCCUCUAAUGGAGAAGAGGAAAGGUGCAAUAUGCCUCUGAGCCAUCCUUUCAAAUUACAGAGUGCUUGUGGAGAACCUGCGUAUACAAACUAUGUUGGUGGCUUUUAUGGAUGUCUGGACUACAUUUUCAUUGACAAAAACGCUCUGGAAGUUGAACAGGUCAUUCCAUUGCCAAGUCAUGAAGAAGUAACAACCCACCAGGCUUUGCCAAGUGUUUCACAUCCUUCAGAUCAUAUAGCACUUGUAUGUGACUUAAAGUGGAAAUAGAUCUGCUUUUGCAUAAUGUUUUUUGGAGCUUUUGUAUAAAUUGAUGUACUGUUGAGGAACUGAGGUUCAGCCCCGGCUGUUUUGCUACUAAAACAAGAGCAAUUUUAGGAAAGUGAAUGUGUUUAAUCCUUCUACUGAAGGUUACUUCAUUGCUGAUGUGAACUUGUACAAUUUUCCCUUUUUAUAUGCUAAUAAGAAGAAUAUUUCAGAUAUUUAGUUUUGAAAAUUGGAUUAUCAGAUACCCUUUUAAAGGUUUUCAAAGGAUUAAAAUUGUUGAAGGUAUGAAUUCAAUCUUAUUUAUAAGUGUACAAACCAAACCCUGCUUAAUUCAGAACCAGGUGCAGAAAGAAAAACCGUGGUUUGGAUUCAUUCAGCCUCAUUGUGGUCACUGUCACAAGACAGAGCUUUUAAAAUACACACAGAAGCUGACUUUAUUAGCCAGUCUUUUUAGCAAGUGACAUGAUCUGCAAAGAACAUUCUGUGAUUAUCAGUGAAUGGUCCUGUUCAGUCAACAGCCAUGUUAAGUUUAAGAUGAUGAUCAACUUGGAAGCACUUUGCCCGCUUAAUGUGGGUAGUGAGGGUCACUUAAAACACUCAAACUGGAUUGUAGGUGUAGGUUGCAUCUACUGUUCCAUCUGUUGUCUAUGGUCAAUAGUAGUAUUUGAGUUCAGGACAGCCAGCGGGGGGUGGCAGGGAACUCCAACAUAAUAAUCUGUUUUCAGGUGUGAGGAGGGACAGAAUAAAUGAUGGGGUGUAUCCAUCUCUGCCUGCAUUUUUAAAGAAAGAAACAAGUGACUUAAAAUGGUAUAAAAAACACUUAUACUGAAAAACACAAAUACUGGUUUUGUUCCUUGCACGUUGUUCCAUGUAGAACUAGUCUAGGUAAUCCAGAUGUUGGGAAACUUGCUCUACUGAUAUCUUCAUUGAAUUUGUUGGGAGGGGUAUAAAUCAUUAACUCACUUCUUUUCCUGCAUAAUUAGUCCACAUAAAGCAAUCAGCGUUUAAAAACUUCCAUUACAUCUUCCUCUUUCACCUAAUAAGCGUCCCUUUCUGACUGUCAGUUCUCACUUGAUUUCUUUCUAGUCACAGUUGUCUAGCAUGGCAAAACAACCCCCCAAAACAACAGCUUAACCUCUAAGGAAGCAAAAGAAACACUGUUGUAAUGCAGAUGGAAGAGUUAACAAACAUGGUAGGAGAAGGUUUAAAAGACCGUUUAAACAAAAGAAAAGCAGUAAAAGGAGAAUAAAAAUGUAAUUCAGAACUUC